UUUUUACCCAACAGAAAAAGAGAAAUCACAAAUUAUGGUAUAGUCCAGAUUAAGGGCGUGACGUGACAAGACAGGUAAAUGUUUGGAUGGGUUUACAUGUCAACGCACAAUAGAAGAUGUUCAGCGGCUAAUUAUCUGUUUACAGUCGGGCUCCUCGAAAAACUUGGUAUAAGGUUCAAGAUCUCGGGUUAUGCUAAUUAACUAGUCGGGUGACUGUACGCAAAUCGACAGCUUCUUUUCUGUCCCAGACAACUUUGGAUUAUCGGCAUUUCGAAUCAGGUUUUCUGAGUUGCCACAUCGUUCGGAGCCCCCCUCCCACGGACAUUGCUCGCCAUUUAACGAUCGCGUUGACAGCUGCUUAUUUGUUGACGGACUCAGAAUCGUGUUCUUGUAAAGAAGCUGACACGUAGAACAACCGACAGACAUGAAAACUUUCGACCUCCUCGGCUCUAGCCCGGCCCAGUACAGUGCCAUGGGCAAAUUUAGAAUCCAGGGGUCCCCAGUCAUAAAUUUAUCGGACACGGUGUCCGUGAACAACAACAUAGACGACACAGCUGUGAGCAAAAAGCCGUCAGAGACGGUAGAAGUCACCGCGGAGCAGAAGCUGGCGUGGCUCGGGGCGGCUGAGGAGGCAGCCCGCCUGGCCGGGAAGGAAGUCCGGUCCGCCUUCUACCGGGAGAAAACCGUCACUAUGAAGUCUUCUCCCGCCGACCUGGUCACAGAGACGGACCAGAACGUCGAGAAGAUGGUGUUCUCUUUCUUCAGGAGAAAGUUCCCAACGCACAGGUUUAUCGGCGAGGAGACGACGGCAGCGGGCGUGCCGAUCGAGCUGACGGACGCGCCCACGUGGAUCAUCGACCCGAUCGACGGCACCAACAACUUCGUGCACAGCUUCCCCUUCGUCGCCGUCGCCAUCGCGCUCGCCGUCAACAAGGAGAUCGAAGUGGCGGUGACGUACAACGCUAUCCUUGACGUCAUGUACACCGCCGCACGAGGCGUGGGGGCGUUCAGGGACGGGAAGCGAAUCUCCGUCAGCGGAGCGACAGACAUGCAUGAAUCUUUAGUCGUCACAACUGCCAAAAGCCUACUGACGCCGACGAAGAUGGCAGACACGUUCCACAACCUGCGUUCCUUGCUAGAGCGGAGCCGAGGGAUCAGGAACCUCGGGACAGCGGCGCUGAACAUGUGUCAGAUCGCCGAGGGCGCGGCCGAGGUCUACUUCGAGUUCGGCAUCCACUGUUGGGACAUGGCGUCAGGGGCACUCAUCAUCAGAGAGGCCGGGGGAGUGGUCUUGGAUACAACAGGCGGACCGUUCAACCUGAUGGGUAGAUGCAUGCUAGCGGCCUCCAGUGCGGAGCUUGCGCAGACCGUCGCAUCUGGGCUACGGCACGACCACAAGAAACCAGACACCAAAGAACCGGUCUUCCUUCGGUCUACCAGAGACUGAGUGCGUCGUGGUACAGCCUGGUAGCCAGUCUAUCGUAGCCUCGUAGCCAGACUAUCGUUGGCGAGCCGGUAUCUCUACUGUGCUGAAAGUACUGCCUACCAUGUGGGCAUUUUGAGUUUUGUAAACGUAUUCCAGUAUGACUGGAAAAUACGUGUGACAACUUUCAAUACCUACAAGUCUAUCUUAGAUAGAUACCUUGAACAUUGUGUACAGAUAUUGUAUGCACUUCCGAAAAACUGUAAAUACUAUUUGUCUAAAGGGAUAGGAGCUGAGUCGAGUAGAAAUUUCUAUCAGAGAUUUCCUUACAAAAUAUGAUAAUGAUAACUACAAAGAGUUAUUUAUUCAUAUCUAUAUUUAGAUAUUUAAAGCCACUGAACCAAGAAGAGGUUCAUCAAUCAUUCAAUGCCAGUAAUUAUGAGGUUCAAUCUGCCAGUAUUGAGAUGUAUGAAACACAGAAGUUUGUGUUGAAAGCAUAUUCAGUGAAGUGCAAUAGACUAGAAUUUAUUAGGUUGUGGUAGAUCAAAUCAUGAAAUGGAAUAUUUAGAUGCUUGGAAACAUCACAACAUGCUUGAUUUGACAAAAUGUACAGUGUAGUCUUCGUUCAUUGCAUGGAUCACGAAAUUUGAACAAUUUUUCUGCAAAAUAUCUAUGUACUAGCACUUUGUUCUAAAAUAUAAUAAAAACGCAUAUGUACAUAAGACCUUUGAGCAAUUCUAUACAUUAAAUAAGACAUCGACAAGCAAAACAUAUUCUUUCUGUUUCACGAAAAAAAUAAAGGAUUUCGACAAAUUAUGUGCAUAGCGAUCUUAUCUAUCUUGUAGUCCUCUUUAUCUAAUCUUGUCGCACUUUUAGACAGUUUUGUCGCAAAUUUUCAACCGAAGGCUAUUUUAUAACACGUACCAUUUCGGAAUUGACAUGUUUAAGAGUCUCCUGCACAAGAGUCAAGAAAACAGUAACUAGUACUUAAGCAGAUUUUGGACCAUCCGACAGUUUUCACAAUCCACCCAGUUGCUUGAAUACGAAGCAGUUUUAAUGUGUAUAUCAUUCAUUGCCUGGCCAGUCUGAUCUUUAUCAAUCGACGAAUAAAACGUCGGUUGUAAAAAAACAAAUGUUAGUCAGGCGGAUAUCGAUCAGUACUUAAUCAUGUGUGCUUGAUGAACCGGUUGAACCGCCUUCUGACGUAACACACCAGAUGCUAUUUCGUCAAGUGACUUGUCAUACAUAAAU